AAGCCUCUCUGUGGCACCAGUGGAGCAACACUACUGAGUUAAGUAACCACAGCAACAAAACAUCUGCACAGCCUGCAUUUUCAGAAAGCAGAAGUGUGUGUGUGUGUCUGGGUGUGUGUGUGUGCAUAACAAAGAAAUAAGAGUCAACUAAAUAACUUUAUUAUUAUUGACAUCCCGCUUUACUAAACCUGGUUUCAAGCAUCAACAGAGACAGAUUAAAGAAGCCACUUUUUUAUUCUUUCUCCUUUUUUAAACUUGAUAAUCUCACUCGGACAGCUUCUCUCACUUGUCUGAGUCUACUUCUCGUUUUAGAUACAAGUCAACAGGAUGUGUGCUAAAACCACAGCAGUGUCAGAAGAACUGUGCGCCUGUUUCAACAUGCUGCAGUUGAGUCUGACAUAAUCAAGUGAACAGCAGUUAAAAAGCAGCUGCCUCAAGCUGCUCUGACAGCUUUAAGUUUGCCUCAGUCUAUAAAACCUUUGCUUGGAAAACACACUUGGACUAAUGCAUACCAUGCGCUCAUUUUGCUUUUGAAAGUGGUAUUUCAUGAUAACCUGACUUGUCAGAUGUGGGCAAAAUAAAUAGGGGUGGGCUGUGGUAAGAGGAACAGGAAGAGAGGAGACGAGAGAGAGAAGGUAGCAAGGCAGACAGAAAGAGCGAGAGCUUGUCACGUCGGCAUGUGAAACUCUUCAUAGCAGAUCUGUUUUUUUCUUCAUAAAGAUAUUGACAAGAGAAGUGGCAAGUCAAAAAUGCUGCGCUCAGUCUGGGGUGACUUCAAAAGAUGAUGUUUUGAGGAGACAAAAGUCCGACAAAUAAAGGGUUUGACUUGAUUAACGGAUCACACAGAGACCAAAGUUGAAAUGGCUGAAGAGGAGCUGCUGGAGGCUCUCGUCAUCACUGAAGACGGAGACAUAACUGAAACUGUCACUGAAAAAGAGGCAGCAAGCUGCUCGAAUGCUACCAUACAGAGCUGCAAUGAAGAAUCUGCUCUCAAAGAGACAGGGGACGAUGAGAAUCCAGAAGAUGUAGCAAGUCAAUUGAAUUUAAAAGAGCAAAGCUUGGUGAAACAACAGAACGACACAGAGGAAGACAAUACCAAAGAGGAUAAACCAGAGGACACAAAUAAUGGACAGAACAGAAAUGAUAGUGAGGGUGAAGUACAGACACAUGAAGUCAUGAUGAUUAAAGAAAAAGCAGAGAGACCCAGUGACACAGAGUAUGAAAAUGCCACAGAAAAUGACCCUCAAGUGGACAUAAGGAGGUUAAACUCUUCUGAGGAACAACCUGAAGGAGGGCCGAACCAAGAGGAGGAUGCAAAAAAGGCUCACCGGUUAACCCCUGACUUUCCAGAGGCACUGUACGAGCUGCUUUGCACCCUUCAGGAGGGCAGACGGCUCAAUGAUCAACGCUGCUCCUUCAGGAUGGAGAGCGGGAUGAGGCGGAGGAGGUGCCACUCCGAGCCCAACACCACCAAACCAGCCAACAGAGUCGUCUUUUCCUCCAUGACUUCGCUGCAGAAAGAGGAGUUUUUUGAGCUGGUGGCCACUGCACAGGCCCGCCGGCUGGAUGAUCAGAGGGCGCAGCUCGAACGGUCUCCACCACCAAAACCAAAAGCCAGAAGUUUCAGAGGCAGCAUAAAACAACUGUCUUUUGUGAAAAAGCCUGCACCAGUUCCUGUGCCUAAAGAGGAUCUUUAUAAUAUGAUUCUCACCACACAAGCCCAGGGCCGGCUGGAGGACCAGCGCAGCAGGGCUCCAGGUCCCAUGGACGACGAGGACUUCUUCUCCCUCCUCCUGAGGGUUCAGGGGGGACGCAUGGACGAGCAGAGGACUGAACUACCACGCUUGCUGCAAACCUGAGAUGGAAAAACAAGAAACUAUGGGGGCUACUGUUGGAGCCAGCCAGUAUUGUAGCCUUUUUGCUUUAACUUCCUAUUUGUUGUUUAGGGAACUGUCAUCCAUCUUGAUAGUGUUGAUCAGUGUUAAAGGGGAACUUCGUUUUUUUUCAACCUGGGGUCUGUUUUCAUAUGUCAUUUCAUACAUGUGAGUGAUGGAGAAAUGAAUUUUCGACAUAGCUCCAGUAUUUAGCCAGGCAGGCAGCUUAGCAGCUCAGCUAG